AUGUCCACCAAGAAUGCAUCAUUCCCAUACCCACCCAUCGAAACCGAGAAAGACGCCCUGCUACACCUCCGCUCCUCCAGCCACCCGAUCAAGAUCUGGGCAGACGCAAUAUGCAUCAACCAAUCUGACACUGCCGAGCGAAACAGACAGGUCUCCCUCAUGUCCUUCAUCUACACUCGAGCAGGUUAUGCGGUCGUCUGGCUAGGCACAAAGAACCACACGGUCAAUCAACCUGCCCCCUUCUCUUCGUCCGGCGGACCGGCGGUAUAUCGAUCAAUGUUCCUAGAGUGGAAAGCCGGCCCGACUCAGCACCUCGCCGCGGGCCUGGUUCCCCAUCCUACUGUGCAGCCCCCCAGGAUCAAGAUUUGGUACUCCCCAAAGCCCCCACAAGCCACCCUGAUGCGUCUGGCGAAAAGCACGUACUGGACUAGACUCUGGGUGGUGCAAGAGGUGUGCCUGCCGAGGUCGCUGCUGGUUGUGUACGGGUCAGAUAUAUGGGCUUACGAGGAGUUUCAGGGGUGGGUGCAGGUUGGGAAUGGUAAAUACUGGUGGCGGUAUGGGAGGGCAGCUUCAGAGACCCCCGCCCCCACAACACACAGAGUCUCAGCUUGUGGCUACCAUCAUGGCUCCUAUGCGGAGGCUACUGGAAACAAGAGAGAAGAGGCAUACCAGCAUGAUGGCACUGGAGAGCCUGGUGGAGAGUUCGGGGGGUGGGUUGGAGCAGAGGCUGGGUCGGUUGAAUAUUACGCAAACGCCGGGGAGGGCUGUCUCGCCGCGAGGGAGGGGCACAGUGGGUUCGUUGAGGGUCGAUUACAACCGGUUUAUGAUCUUUGGAGGAGUGUAGUUGGGUUUGUGUUUCAUCAUACGAAGACCAUUGGUGGAAAGACAGGGGUUGGGUAUCUGAAGGAUGAGGAAAGACGGAUCACGAUUGUGAGGACGGCUGGUAUUAUUCAACGGGCGCUUGGUCAGAAGCUUGACGAGGAGCUUUGUUCUACAGAACGGCCACAGCCGGAUCCUGAGGCUAUCGGAGUUGUGGGACAUAUCGCUGGCGAAAUUCUCCGAAUUGGUCCUGGCUAUGGCGAUUUGCAAUUAUCGACGCUUAGGCAACUCGACGAGGAGUACAUGACAAGAAUCUUUGAGUACGAGGGGCAAGAUCUAGGCCGCAUUCGAAAUAUCCCCGACCCAUUCGCCAUUGGCUCUCGUAUACUUGUCGACAGGAGACCCGAGGAAGACAAACACGGUGCACCUAUGGAUGGAACAGCAAGAUCAAACAGCGACCUAAGCCACUCCAUCUCUUCAGAGCAAGAAUCCUUCUACAUCGCAUCAGACGAAGAAGGCCGGCACGUCGACGGGGAUGCCCGGAUUAGUCUUGGAACAGGAUACUUCAUCGGACUUGUGCCACCAGCAGCCAAAGAAGGGGAUAUCGUCGUCCGGUUCUGGAACUGCAGCGCUGCUAUAAUCAAAAUGUACAUGUUGGUCGGACGAGCAGAUGUUGCUAGCUCCUCAGCGGACGCUUCGGACGAAACGACCACUUCCCCUCCGGAACACGACAUGCAGUUUGAGCGUUGCGCGGCUAUGGCACGAGGAGCUGGGGGCAAUGACGCGGCUGCUAUUCGUCCUGCAGGCUAUCGGGAGGAGUAUUCCCGGGAGUUAUUGGGGGCUAUUUAUGUCGAUAUAGGUCUAAGGACUCUGCAGAUGAUCACAGCAAGUCUUGAGGUGUGA